AUGAGAAGCGGUUCAUCGGAAACCAAGUUUUUGCAAGAACUGGUUCUCUACGCCGCAAGCGCUGCUUUGAGCUGUUUGGUUUUGUUCGCGGGGCUCCGACAUCUCGACCCGAACCGCGAAGCGUCUAAGAAAGCAAUUGAACACAAGAAGGACAUUGCAAAGCGUUUGGGCCGACCUCUCAUCCAGACUAAUCCCUAUGAGGAUGUUAUAGCCUGUGAUGUGAUCAAUCCUGACCAUAUUGAUGUAAGAUUUGACUCUAUUGGAGGAUUGGAAGCCAUUAAACAGGCAUUGUAUGAAUUAGUUAUUCUUCCAUUACGAAGACCUGAGCUGUUUUCUCAAGGAAAGCUUCUUGGUCCACAAAAAGGUGUCUUGCUGUAUGGACCCCCUGGAACUGGGAAGACUAUGCUCGCCAAAGCAAUUGCAAAAGAGUCAGGAGCUGUGUUCAUCAAUGUGAGAAUAUCAAAUCUGAUGAGCAAAUGGUUUGGGGAUGCACAAAAACUAGUUGCUGCUGUGUUUAGCCUGGCGCAUAAACUCCAGCCGGCAAUUAUUUUCAUUGAUGAGGUGGAUAGUUUUUUGGGCCAACGCAAGACUACAGACCACGAAGCACUAACUAAUAUGAAGACAGAAUUUAUGGCUUUGUGGGAUGGUUUCACCACAGACCACAAUUCUCGGGUGAUGGUACUUGCUGCGACUAAUCGUCCAUCAGAACUUGAUGAAGCAAUUCUCCGUCGUCUUCCUCAAGCAUUUGAAAUUGGGAUUCCUGAUCUUAGAGAGAGGUCACAGAUAUUGAAGGUGAUUCUGAAGGAUGAGAUUUUUGAAAAUGACAUUGAUUACGACCAUAUAGCUGGUCUUUGUGAUGGAUACACUGGCUCGGAUCUUCUUGAGCUCUGCAAAAAAGCUGCUUACUUUCCUAUCAGGGACCUGCUCGAUGAUGAGAAGAAUGGAAAACCAUCUUCGGUCCCAAGGCCAUUAUCGCAGUUGGAUUUGGAGAAAGUCAUCUCUAAAACAACCAAAACGAAAGUUGCUGCAAGUGAAUAUUCCCGAUUAAGUUCACAAUCAUCGCCAUGGCCAGGGCAUAGGGAUCCUGACGAUUAUCGGGUUCAAGCAGCCAUUAAUGAGCUAUCUAAGCUCAUGGUUUCCCAAAUUUUAAACAUUCAGCCAGAUUCCCAAGAUCCUUGA